CAAAAUUGAAUUUUCUUUCCUUUGAUUGUUCCUCUGUUCUUUGUUUGUCAUAAACUUCAUUUACUUUUCUUUUUGAUCAUUUUGCUAUCAAUAAUCUUGGUUAAAGUAUCCAUGAUGAUGGCCUUUUUAUGUGGAGGCGGCUUUCACAAGAGAGAAAAGAAGAAGAGGCAGAGUGUGCAAUUUGGGGGUAAAAAGCCAGUAGAAAGGCUAGAGAGCAGCAUAAGUAGUAAAGCUUUAUUGAUGGUAAAAAUGAUAUCUUGGAGGAAAAAAGUGGAACAUGAUGAUGAUGACGAUGAUGAUUAUCAAGUAAACUGGGAAGACGAAAACGCCUUGUGGAAGAGGACUAUUAUUAAAGGAGAAAAGUGUCGCCCUUUGGAAUUUUCAGGCAAAAUUUCAUAUGAUGCUAAUGGCAAUCUUGUGCUCGAUUGAUCAAUUUUUCAGUACUUCUGCCUUCUUUUUACCUGUUUCUUUUCUCUCUCUCUAUAUGUUUGUUUCUCCACUCAUCGCUCGAAUUGGAUCCAGUUCAAUCCGAAGCUUGUCGAAUUUCAGAACCAAGUGCUUGAAGCAAUUGCACAUGGCCCAACCACCGAUCCUGGCGUUAGCAAUUCCAUCGGAUACCGGUCGUGUCCUCAGCAUUCAGUCGCAUACUGUUCAGGGAUAUGUGGGCAACAAGUCAGCAGUAUUCCCCCUCCAACUGUUGGGCUAUGAUGUGGACCCAAUCAAUUCUGUACAGUUCUCAAAUCACACAGGAUACCCAACUUUUAAGGGCCAGGUUUUAAAUGGAGAACAAUUGUGGGAAUUAAUAGAAGGUCUUGAAGCCAAUGGUCUAUUAUAUUAUACUCAUCUGCUGACAGGUUAUAUUGGUUCAGUCUCCUUCUUGAACACAGUACUGAAAGUCGUUGAUAAGCUUCGGUCUAUCAACCCGAAACUUAAAUUUGUUUGUGAUCCUGUGAUGGGUGAUGAAGGUAAACUAUAUGUUCCUCCAGAGCUGGUGAUGGUAUACCGUGAGAAGGUUGUCCCUGUUGCUUCAGUGCUGACGCCUAACCAGUUUGAAGCAGAGCAGUUGACCGGGUCCAGUAUCACUUCUGAAAAAGAUGGGCAAGAAGCUUGCAACAUUCUGCAUGCUGCUGGGCCAUCAAAGGUUGUUAUUACUAGCAUAAACAUUGAUGGCACUCUUCUCCUUAUUGGCAGUCACCAGAAAGAAAAGGGUCAAUCUCCUGAGCAAUUCAAGAUUGUGAUACCAAAAAUUCCUGCAUAUUUCACGGGAACGGGGGAUUUAACGACUGCUUUGUUGCUUGGAUGGAGCAAUAAAUAUCCCAAUGACCUCGACAAAGCGGCAGAGCUUGCUGUCUCAAGUGUACAGGCACUUUUAUUGAGAACACUAGCAGAUUAUCAAAAGGCUGGCUAUGACUGCCAAUCAAGCAGUUUGGAAAUUCGGUUGAUCCAGAGCCUGGAUGACAUCCGCAACCCAGAAGUUAAAUAUAGAGCUAAAAGAUACAACUAAGAUUCUGUUGUGGUCUGGUCUAUUUAUUCCUUUAGGAUAGUCUCAGUAGAAUGAAACAGUUUCAUUUGUACACAAUAUAAAUAGAGUGGACCAUUUAGCUCUUGUUGCUGAGACGUUCAUAUCCCCCAUUAACUUAUAAUUAGAUGGCAACAGAUAGUACUGAGAAGAGCAUUCUGGGAAAAGAGGGUAUGGCAAUCGUUAUAUUCAUUUUGCUAUU